UUCGAACACAAUGACAUCUCCAAAGUUUGUCUUCUAUCUGGCAUGUUUGUUCUUCGGGAAAAUGGCUCAGACGACUGAUGUGAAAUUGUCCUCAUCUGUUCGCCAAGAGAGACGUUUUAUAUCAGCUAAUGUUGGAGACAGUGUGUCUUUGCAUUGUUUCUAUGAAGGCGGUGAUUCAUCAUGGCUUUACUGGUUUAAGCAAACUCUCGGACAGCAACCAAGGCUCAUCUCUACCUUCUAUGUGUUUAAUACAAAAACCACUUUUUAUCAUGAAUUCAAUAAUAAUCCACGCUUCACACUGAGUAUUCAAAACAGUACAUACAUUUUGACAAUUUUUAAUUUGAACAUUUCAGACUCAGCUACAUACUACUGUGCAAGUAUCUCUAUAUAUGUCUUGAAUUUUACAAAGGGCACUACUGUCAGUGUAGAGGGUUCUGGUUUGAAGAUCCCAGCUUCGGUCCAUCAGUCAGCAUCUGAGAGCAUCCAGCCAGGAGGCUCUGUGACUCUGAACUGUACAGUACACACUGGGACCUGUGAUGGAGAACACAGUGUUUACUGGUUCAGAACCUCUGAAGAAUCUCAUCCAGGACUCAUUUACACCCAUGGAGGCAGGAAUGAUCAGUGUGAGAGGAAACCCAACACACAAACACACACCUGUGUCUACAACUUGCCAAUGCAGAGCCUGGAUCUUUCUCAUGCUGGGACCUACUACUGUGCUGUUGCCUCAUGUGGACACAUACUGUUUGGAGACGGGACCAAGCUGGACUUUGAAGAUAAGGUGAACUCUCCUGUAUUGGUGUAUUUUUUGAGUGGAGCAUUGACAUUCACCACCAUCCUGGUUAUUUUACUGGCUUUCUCAAUGUACAAGAUGAAGAAGAAAAGCGGCAGCCAAUCUACAGAGUUUCAACUAAGAUUAUCAGCUCCCUCCAAGGCAAAUUCAGAGGGUCACAGAGACGCUGACAACCUCCAUUAUGCUGCUUUAAGUGUCAACCUGCCCAACAGAUCAAGAAGACAGAGGAACAGCACCAAUAAUGAAUGUGUGUACUCCAGUGUGAAGCAGUAGAACUGGACAUGUACAUGUAACAUUUCUGGUUAUUCAUAGAUAUUGCAUUUACUAGAUAUUGUUUCAAACGUAAUGUUGAUGUAUAUUGUAAAAAUAUAUUUGUGUAUGUUCCGUGUCAUCUGCUGUCAAAAGAUGCAAGCCAGUAUUAGGUAUUAUGUCCAUAUUAAGUGUUUGCACAGCUGAAGAUUUGCGUCCAAUUUCAACAUUCUGUACAAGAUUAAGUGUGCCAUUUAAUUAUUGAGGUGUAAAGUACAGUGAGGGAGUUGUGGUGGUAGAUGGUUGUGUAUUAGACUUUGAUUCACACCUUGUCACAGACAUAUAGGUAACAUUGCCAUUUUUUUAACCAUAAAAUCAAACUUUUCCUAACCAUAACCAAGUAAAUCAUCGCUAACCGUACCCAUGUUUUACAUUUCUCUGCCAUCAAACAUACAGACAUACACAUUACAGAUAAUGUAGUUUGUAAUUGAUUGCUGACAUCUGGAUUAAGUUCAAUCAAACCAAAUUGUGUAAGUGCUUCCAUAUGUCCAUUCUAACUUAAAAGUGAUCAAAUAAAGCCAAUAUAUUUAUGGAACACUCUGAUCUUAAAA